AUGGAUAACUCACAGCCAAUUAUUCGUCUCUUCGAGAUGAGACUUCAUAAAUGGAAUGCGUCACUCGUCGUUCAACACAUAUUGUUCAGGCCCAGCGCUUACCAUGUCGACCAACAAAGACAAAGACAGCUUUUACUGUUCACUCAUCAAUACAAUCAUCCUUUCAACAAAGUAUUUAGGUCAUUCGUCGUCUUGAAGACUUGGCCACCAUGUCUCGCCAACCUAUCACAUCUCUUUUCCCAUUGUUCCAUCAAGCCACUUCAUCUCGCUCAUCAUGUGCUCCGCUCAAGUAAUGAAGCCCGCUUGGACUUCUGCCCAAAGCGCAGCGUUAAUCAAUUCUUUCCCCCAUGUAUUUCUCUCUCGGAUCAAAGAAAGCACAGCCAUCAUGUGAACCUCCCUUGCUCCAUCCACAAUGCGCACAAAGACCGCUCUUCAGCCAAUCAUGACAACAAGUACCGCCCAGAAAUCUCUCCAAGCCAUCCAUCCCAACCAACAGACGGCCUUGCAUCCAUUGCUAUGAAAAAAUUGCAUGAACUUGAAAUGUCACUCCAAUCUCUUCAGAGCCUCCAUUCCAUGCUCAAAGCCCAGCACGCAGCUCAGCGUGAAUCCACUUACAAUUGCACAUGGCCACUCCCAUGGCCUCCCACACUAGGCGCCGCGUACAAGUUGUAUAAGAAAGAUGAUGACAACUGGCGCCCUUUGAGAAGGCACUUUGCUACCCAUUGCUCUCGAUAUCGUGACGUACAGCCUGGAUUAACUGCAUUCGUAGCAAGACUACGUAUGGCCAUAAGCCUGGGUGAUGCAGAUAGGAGGUAA